AUGAGUCAACUUGAGUCUAAAAACCACGACUCUACUGUCACAUAUACAACAGAUAUUGAUUAUGCAAGUUUCAAAGAAGCAUCUGAAAGUAUCCAAGACGACGAUGUUUUGGUCAGAUUUGGUCAGGAUCCAUCUUCAGAUGACGAGGACCCUGUUGCAGCCUAUCUCUAUAAGAAGUACCGUGAAAUGACACUUUCAGAAGCUGUUGAGAUCUUGAAAGAAGCGAUUGUCUAUCACGAAAAUGAUGUGAAUUUUCCUAUGGAUGUUUUAAACAAGAUUGAAAAGAUUGUUGAAGGACCUGAAAAGUAUGGCGAAGACAUUGCUAUUUAUCAGCGCGAGGCCAAGAUUGAGGCCACAUUUAUUCGUUGGCAUUCACCUUACCCUGAGGUGCGAGCCAUCACGGACCCUUUUGAUGAUCCCGAUACUCCGUGUGAUACUAUUCGAGCUUAUUUUCUUGGUUUUGUUUGGUCAAUUAUUGGCACUGGUGUUAAUCAAUUUUUCAGUCCCCGUCAGCCCUCAAUUUCGCUUUCCUCUGGUAUUUUACAAAUUUUAUUGUUGCCUUGUGGCAAGGCAUUAGAAUAUGUUUUGCCAAAAUGGAGCUGGUCUUUUCGUGGAGAGCGAUACUCAUUGAAUCCGGGACCUUGGACUUAUAAGGAACAAAUGUUUGCAACUAUUAUUUUUAAUGUGUCUAUCGGUGGUGCUUAUGCUGCUUUUUACAAUAUCAUUGUUGAGAAGUUGCCCAUGUACUACAACAAUCAGUGGGCCACAAUUGGUUAUCAGUUUCUCUUGGUUUUUUCCACUCAAUUUUUGGGCUUUGGAUUUGCUGGUAUUAUGCGCCGUUUGAUUGUGUAUCCUGUUCGAGCUGUUUGGCCCACUAUCCUUCCUCCUGUUGCUUUGAACAAGGCUCUUGCGGCCAAAGAACCCAAAAAAUGCAUUAAUGGCUGGACCAUAACUAAGUACAAGUUUUUCCUUAUUGUUUUUUCUGCUGCUUUCCUUUACUUUUGGCUUCCCAAUUACUUGUUUGCUGCUCUUAGUACUUUUAACUGGAUGACUUGGAUUGCACCAAACAACUUCAACUUGGCAACUAUUACUGGCUCUAUUGGAGGUCUUGGAAUUAAUCCCAUUGCGUCUUUUGACUGGACUGUGAUCAACUAUAACAGUCCUCUUACAAUUCCAUUUUAUUCCUUUUUGAACCAGUACAUUGGUACUUUGAUUGCAGGCUGUGUGCUUAUUCCUGCCGUUUUCUGGACAAAUUACAAAUGGACUGGCUACUUCCCCAUUAACUCUAAUCACAUUUUUGCCAAUGAUGGAACAACUUACAAAGUUAGUAAGGUUCUCACCAAUGGUCUUCUGGACAUCGAUAAGUAUCAAAGCUACUCUCCCCCAUUUUACACUGCUGCUAAUCUGGUUGUUUAUGGCUCUUUUUUUGCCCUUUACCCUUUUGCCAUCAUUUAUUCCUUUGUAACGGACUGGGUGGCCAUUAAAAGAAGUUGCCUUGAUCUCUGGGAAGCAAUUAGAAAUCCUCGUCGUUCAAACUAUGCUGGUCAUGACGAUGUUCACAGUCAAAUGAUGUCUAAGUAUAAGGAGGUUCCUGAUUGGUGGUUUUUGGUUGUUUUAGUCAUUUCGCUUGCUCUUGGUAUUGCUAUGGUUGAACACUAUCCUACAAAUACACCUGUCUGGGGUAUCUUUUUCACUAUUGGAAUUAAUUUCAUUUUUCUCAUCCCCAUCACGCUCAUUUACUCUGUUACUGGCUUUUCUUUUGGUCUUAAUGUUCUUGUUGAGCUCAUUGUUGGUUAUGCUAUUCCUGGAAAUGGAACUGCACUUAACAUUCUUAAGGCAUAUGGCUACAAUAUUGAUGGUCAGGCUCAAAACUAUAUUACUGAUCAGAAGAUGGGUCAUUACGCUAAAAUCCCUCCCCGUGCUAUGUUUAAGGGCCAGAUAAUAUCUACACUAUUUCAGGUUUUGGUCUCAGUAGGUGUAGUUAACUGGCAGAUUUCCAAUAUUGAAGACUUGUGUACUUCUCAUCAAGAACAAAAGUUUACUUGUCCUGGUCCUAAUACUUUCUUUUCGGCUUCGGUAUUUUGGGGUGUUAUUGGUCCCAAGAGAGUUUUUGGUGGCCUCUAUCCCAUUCUUCAGUGGUGUUUUUUGAUUGGUGCUCUUCUUCCCAUUCCAUUCCUCAUGUUACGCAAGUUUUUCCCCAAGACUAUGCGAUACUUCCAGCCCACCUUGAUCAUUGGAGGAAUGCUUCAGUAUGCUCCUUAUAACUUGACCUACUUCACUGGUGGCCUGUAUCUUUCAUACAUUUUCAACUACCAUAUUCGCAGACGUUACCUUGCCUGGUGGGAGAAGUACAACUACGUUCUUUCUGCUUCUUUGACCGCUGGUGUGGCUUUUUCAGCUAUUAUCAUUUUCUUUGCUGUUCAAUAUCACGACAAAUCUAUCAGCUGGUGGGGCAAUAAUGUUCCUUACAAUGGUCAAGAUUACGCUGGAAACCCAUUGUUAGAAAUUCCUGAUGGUUCAUAUGUCGGACCACGCAUUGGAGCAUUCCCAUAA